CGGGCAGUGCGCAUGCAUGGGGCGGCAGCUCAGCUCCUGACUCACCCCUUCUUCACCCAUCCGCUCCCAGGAGGAAUUCCCCCCCCUCCCCACCUUCUUCUCCCCCCCUCGGGCGAGGAAGAGAGAAAAAGCCAACGCCAUGAAUCGUUUGGGGAAGAAAGGGAAUGAGACCUUUAUCGAGAUGGCUUUGUCGGCGGAUGAUGACACGGCGAUUCUCACCGAGUUCAAGCGAUCACGGUCAGAAGGGGAAGACUGCAACGGACCUUUAUGUGAAACUGUUUCAACUGAAGGAUCAGAAAUCCCAAGCAGCUCUGAGGGCCUAAACAGCACUGAGACUACUUUACUCAUCCCUGAUCAUCAAGUGCAGAGUGGAAGGAGAUAUAAUCUGUUCCUGAAGCGACGUCUCAGGAUUGAUAAAAGACAUCAAAGCAAAGAUUCUAUUUUCUUCAGGGAUGGUGUCAGGAGAAUUGAUUUUGUUCUCUCCUAUGUGGAUGAUUUUAAUAAGGAAUGGGAAAAAAAGUGGGAAAGAAGAAAAGAAUUUGAGAGCAAUCUUCAAAAGGCUGGUUUGGAACUAGAAACAGAAGACAAGAAGGAAUCUGAAGAUGGCAAGAUUUAUUUUGUGAAGAUCCACGCCCCAUGGGAGGUUCUGAUCACUUACGCAGAAGUGCUGAACAUUAAAGUUCCUAUCAAGGAAAAUGACAUUCCCUCAACGGUGGAAAACCCCCUGGACUGUAUGCUUACUCCAUUCAGGCUUCCCGAGAAGGUGAUGCACCCUGAACCAGAUUAUUUCACAGCCCCAUUCAGCAAGGAUAAGCAGGAAUUGUACCUCAUUAAUGAUGAAAACACUUUCUUCUCACCGUCCAUGAGAAACAGAAUAGUUAAUUAUAUUCUUACACGUUGCCCAUAUGGAACAGAAGAAGGGAAGAAAAAAUUUGGAAUAAAGAGACUGCUAAAUAAUGGCACCUAUUCAGCUGCAUAUCCUCUUCAUGAUUGCCAGUACUGGAAAAAAGCCAAUGAUCCGAACUGUGACAAUGAGAGAUACACACUGUAUAUGGAGUGGGCCCGUUUCUUGCGGUUCUACAAAGAACAGCCUUUGGACCUCAUCAGGAAGUACUAUGGUGAGAAAAUUGGAAUCUAUUUUGCCUGGCUAGGAUUUUACACUGAGAUGUUAUUCCUUGCAGCAGUUGUUGGCUUAAUCUGUUUUCUUUAUGGCUUGUUUACAAUGGAUGAAAAUAUGAGCAGCAAAGAAAUCUGUGAUCCUGCAAUUGGAGGAGAGAUCAUCAUGUGUCCUCUUUGUGACCGAGAUUGUGACUACUGGAGGCUAAACACCACCUGCGAGUCCUCACAGUAUUCACAUUUGUUUGACAACGUGGCAACUGUUUUUUUUGCCAUUUUCAUGGGCAUAUGGGUUACUCUUUUCUUGGAGUUUUGGAAGAGGCGGCAAGCUAGACUGAAGUAUGAGUGGGAUUUGGUUGAUUUUGAAGAGGAACAGCAGCAACUCCAGCUGAGGCCUGAGUAUGAAGCAAAAUGUACCCAAAAGAAGAAGAAUCCUGUAACUCAGGAGAUGGAGCCUUAUUUGCCUUUAACUAGCCAGGCUGUGCGGUUCUGCAUUUCGGGAACUACAGUGUUGUUCUGGGUGUCACUGAUUAUAGCUAGCAUGAUAGCUGUGAUCGUGUAUCGCCUUGCGGUGUAUGCUGCCUUUGCCAGCCUCAUGGAGAACAUUGAAACUUUACAGCCCAUCAGAGGAUUACUGACCCCACAGCUUGCAACAUCAGUUACAGCCUCUUGCUUGAAUUUUGUCAUCAUCAUGAUACUGAAUUUCAUAUAUGAGAGGAUAGCUAUCUGGAUUACUGAUAUGGAGAUUCCCAGAACUCAUAUGGAAUACGAGAACAGGCUCACUAUGAAAAUGUUUCUGUUCCAGUUUGUCAACUACUAUUCAUCCUGCUUCUACGUGGCCUUCUUCAAAGGGAAGUUUGUUGGUUACCCAGGUGCCUACACAUACAUGUUCAAUAGCUGGCGAAAUGAAGAGUGUGAUCCUGCAGGCUGCUUGAUAGAAUUGACGACACAGCUUACCAUAGUCAUGGCUGGCAAACAGAUCUGGGGAAAUAUCCAAGAAGCCAUUGUACCCUGGAUUUGUAACUGGUGGGGACGCCGGAAAGCCAGAAAUAAUCCAGAAAAUUUAUACAGUCGCUGGGAGCAGGACCAUGAUCUGCAGACAUUUGGAGCCCUAGGCUUGUUCUAUGAAUAUCUAGAAAUGGUCAUUCAGUUUGGAUUCAUUACUCUCUUCGUGGCAUCCUUUCCGCUGGCUCCCCUUCUUGCUCUGAUGAAUAAUAUCCUGGAGAUUCGAGUAGACUCCUGGAAAUUAACCACUCAGUACAGGAGACCUGUGGCUGCGAAAGCACAUAGCAUAGGGGUUUGGCAAGAAAUCCUGAAUGGAAUGGCCAUCUUAUCGGUUGUCACUAAUGCUUUUAUUGUUGCCUUCACAUCAGAUAUGAUUCCUCGCUUAGUUUACUACUAUGCUUAUUCAGAAAAUGAAGAGUCGCCUAUGUCUGGAUAUAUAAACAAUAGUUUGUCGGUGUUUCUAAUCUCAGAUUUUCCGGAUAGAAACAAGCCUAAAAUGGUUCGAGACAACUUUGUCAUAUGCAGGUACAGAGACUAUCGAUACCCUCCAGAUCACGAGCGGAGAUAUUUACACAGUAUGCAUUUUUGGCACAUUCUUGCUGCAAAACUGGCCUUUAUAAUUAUUAUGGAGCAUGUUGUAUUCAUCGUCAAAUUCUUUGUAGCAUGGAUGAUUCCUGAUGUCCCAGCAGAUGUGAAAGCCAAAAUAAAACGUGAGAAAUAUUUAACACAGAAGAUCCUACAUGAGUAUGAACUUGAAAAACUGAAGGAGAGGCUGUGUCAAGGUGAUAAGCGAGCCACAGAAAAGGAGUACAUCGCCACUGAAGGGAGAAUGGAGUUAACUAUACAAAUGUAGCUGAAAAAACAGCUGUUUGGGAUUUAGCUCAUUUUAGCUCUUUUAUCUGUGAUUUGCUCAGUAUGCAUUGUCCUGAAAGCUAUAGGAUGGUUUCAACCCUUUGCUUUCACUCCGAAGAUUUUAGACUUUUUUUUAGAAGUCUUACUGAGCGUUCUAGGUUAAGUAAAUCUACUUAAACUGUAUGACUUCAGCACUGUUUUCUAUUUACCCACCACUUUGAAUAAUAAGUAUAAUCUUGUAAUCCUAGAAUUUUGAUUCCCAAAGUAGGGAACAUUACCCUUAAAGGGCUCGUUACCACCAAGCCCUCCCCCUGUUGCCAAGUGCUAAGUUCUAGGCUGUAUCCCAGCUGAAUGAAAGGGAUAUUAUAGAGAACUCUUGCUGUGGAAAAUGCUGAGAGUUAUAUUUUUAUGACAUGAUCGUCUAAAUAACGCUCCUGAUACAAAAGUUAGGGUUUGGGGCUUUUUUGUAUCCAGUGUCUUAUGAAAUGUUUGUUUGCAGCUUUGAACUUGUCUACUGUUUCUGGAAGGAAUGGGGUUUUGAGAUACAUUGGCAUGAUUCUACUUGGAAUUAUUUAUAGGCACAGUUGAUACGUACCAGUGAAGGAAAACAAAACAACCCUAUGAUUUAUUUCUGUAAAAGUACUGUCUGUUGAAGAAAUUGCUCUUUAAAUGCAGAUAUUGUGGAGUCAUCUGGUGACAGUGUUUUUUUUAAAAGAUGUGUACAAUUUGGAGAAAUAGAGCUAAUUUAUUUUUCAGUCUAAAAAACUGCCAUUGGAAGAUGGUGUUUGACAUUAGUUUUGGCCAAAGCUGCUCCUUCGUUUCGUUUGGAUUCUCUGAAUGCCGGCAGAGGGCUAAAGCUGCGUGUCUGUACUCCAUGCUAUGGAGUAUGACACGCAGUGCAGUGAAUUGGGGGCUGGACUGCCAGGCUAAUUGAUGUAGCUGGAUGGUUUGUACAUGGAUUUGUAUUCAGAAGAUUUUAAGCAUGCUAAGUAAUCAAUGUUUACGUUUUUAUUGUCCUUACAUGUAAGAGCUGGGGGAGGUUGGGGCACAUUGUUUUUGUUUUGUUCUCUUUUUAAAAGGAUUUUUUUUUCUGUUUUGUCAUGGGGCUUUUUUACAAAGUUAUCAAGUUUAUAAAUAUAUAAUAACUACUUGUGCAAAGUAACUACCAGCUGUUUAUGAAUAUGCCCUCAUUUUAUAAUUUGAGGCAGUUAGGCAUUUUUAUGAUUUUGCUGUAUAUUUAAGACAUAUCAACACUUCCAUGCUUGGUGCCUUGUUUAUUUGCAUUUGGCAAAAGAUGUGAAGAGGAUCACUAUAGGGAAAUGCGUAUUUCCAAAGUGUGCUUGCAGGCAUCAUGAUGUCGUGAACCUGCACACGAAGCUGUACAGUGUUAGCCAACCAGGCCUGCCUUGACACACUUUCUGUUCUAGUGCUACAUGAACUGUUCGCGGAGAGCAGUUCAUACCUAGACUGCAAAGAUAACGUAGCACCAGAGGGUUGAAUUCUCUCGUGUUGAAGUAUACUGGCUAGAGAGAUUAGAAAUUGUACUACAUUUGCACUUUGAAAGUUAUACUUCCUUGCAAGUAUGCACAAAAAGAUUUAGAUUUGUAUUCCAUAUAAGCCAACUGAUGUACUGUUUACUAGAUCCACGAUGUAAGGUUUCCAUGCUUUGUUUAGCAGACCUAGCCUACGUGUUGCAAUACUUGGCUAGUGACGUUAAUGUUGUAACGGUUUUAAAUCCGUGUUUUGGAUGGAACUGUCAUUAUUAGCAAACAUUUUAAAUUGAAGUGCCUACCUCUAAUGAACAUCACAUGGUUUGGCUGCCAGUCAAGGAGUUCAAGCAGAUGUACAUUUCUCGUUACUGUAAGUUUAUUCAGCUUUGUUCUCUGUUAGCUUGAUAAAUCAAGCAUAUUGGCAAUUCAUGUUCAUGAUGAACUGACCAUGUUCAUGAAUAUUCAAAUAUAUUUGAAGUAAUAGGUUUAUUGGAGGAAUGCAUGUAUAAAUAAAUUAGCUCAGCUGCUUAAUGUAUAAGCCAAAGAAGAGUACCAGUCACAGUAAUUUUGUAUGUGACACAAUGCAAGCACUUUGCCGCUUCUUACACAAAUACUGUUAACUGCUUAGUUUAGAUUUCACGGUUUUGUUACUGUUAGCAAUGCAAACAAUUGCUUUAAACAGUAAGGUGGCGUGAUGCAGAAUUAUAUUUCUAUGCAAACUAUACAAUCUGAUUGAAGCUAAAAACAGAUUUGAAAAUUAAGCAUUCGAUGUACUAUUCUUGGUUACAGAACGUUAGUUUCUUCAGGUCCUGUAAUAAAGUGUCAUAAUAUACUACACUUGAAAACAUAUCAGUAAAAUAAAUGUAAUGUGAAUGAAUAGUGCUUUUUAAAAGCAAGGUGGAGGAAAACAGGAAAAUACUUCAGUCUGGGAUACUGCAUUGAUAUGCAGAAGCCCCACAUGCAGAUCCUGAAUUUGAACUGAUGUUUUGACUUCUUACUCCUUUCAAACUUAAUUUUUGAUAUCACUUUAAUACUAUACAAAUGGUUUGCAUAUGUUGUAUCAUACAAUAGAAAGUUGAAAAAAAUGUGGGAUCAGUUUAUUGAAAUAGGUAUCUUAAAAAUAUAUCAUUACACUUCAUAGCAUUACUUCAUAUAUAAACUUGAAAAGAGAAUGUGUUGUCAUAUUAAGAGCUAAUAUCACAUAACAAAAUUAGUCUAACACCUCUUUACAUAGUAGUGUGCCUUUACGUGUCAUUAAGCAGUAUUUUGAUAAACAAAAGGUUGAUAUGAUUAGGACUAUAAUGGUCCACAUACAUGUAUGUUUCCUGAAGUGUUCCUGAAGAGUGACAAAAAUAAGAAAAAUGAACAGGUUGGUUUGGGGAUGUGCUUGUUCUUCCUGUUGGAAUAUGUGAUCUUGAUGUGUUUAAUACAAGUAUCUCAAAGUGUCCUUUAACCAAAGCAAAGAUAGUUCUGUUUUGGAACUACUGUAAUUUAAGCAACAAGAGAUUGCUUUAUUAAAAUUAAUUAGAAAAAGAAAAUUGUCCUUUCAAAUGUAAUACAACGAGGAAUGUUACUUUUUUUCCAUUUAAAAGUUAGGUAGGAUUUUUACCUUGGAAAGAUUUAGUGUGGUAUGUCCUAAGCAAAUGACUGCAAAAUAAGAGUGCUACUGUAAGACACUAUACUUUUUUUUUUCUAGAAGAUUUUGUUCUUUUGCUUUUACUUUUUAACGUAAUACUACCAGAUUGAGACAACAGAAGGGACUGAAAAUAGAUGGACUUUCCUACAGUUCUAUGUUUACUGCUUGUUUUAACUUGUACUGUUGUGUAAUCUGAGUGGUGUUUUUGUCUGUUUGUUGCUGAUAUAUAUGAUACACUAAUGUUGGAAUAAAUUUUUUAAACAUUGCAUUCUGCUAACUUAUAUAUGUACAUUUAAUAAGAUCUAAAUCUGGCAAAUAAAGCAGUGUUUUAUUUUUAA